AUGGCCGGAAUCGUUGCCUGUGAUAUCACAAGUCGUCCGCCUGUUGUUUGUGCCACUUCCCCACAAUCCUCAUUUCUUGGCUUCACUACUCUGGGUCUUAACGAACGUGCCCUCAAACUGCGCGCAAUGAUCGCUGAACGUCGUCAAAAAGUCAAGCCUUCAGAAUUAUUUUCCUCUGCACGCCAUCGUGAUUGUCGCGAUCUGGAUGGUUGUAAGGCAUCUGGAGGAGCAAUGACAUCUGAUGAUGCCAGGCAACGUGCCUUCACCGUCACAGCUGAUUGUCACCGUCCUUAUCGCUUGCCUCGUCUC